UUUAUGCACAAAAUGAGCUCAUUUUAAAUUUGAUGCCUGCUACAGGUCUCAAAAUAGUUGGGAUGGGGGCAUGUUUACCAUGGUGUAGCAUCUUCUCUUCUUUUCAAAACAGUGGGAAGACGUCUGGGCAUCGAGGUUAUGAGUUUCUGGAGUUUUGGUGUUGGAAUUUGGUCCCUUUCUUGCCUGAUAUAGUCAUCUUUUACGUAUACUGUAAAAAAUAUUCCGUAGUUUUUACAAAAUAAUUUUGGCAACUGUGGUUGCCAGAAUAAUUUUGUAAAAAAUACAGAAAAACUGUAAACACAUUUACAGAACAAACUGUCAAUUUUACAGUAUAAAACUGUAAUUUACAAACAAGAAAAUUUGAAUGUAAACAAGUAAAUUCAACAAUGCAUACUACUACUAAAAUCUGUUUUGUACCUUUAACAUCUACUGACAACCACCAUAAUAAUGCAGGUGGUAAAAGAGAAAGCCACAUGAAGAAUCAGAGUUCAUCACAAGUAGCUUUUCCACGAGAUGAAGUAUAUACUAAUGUAAAGAGGGUGCAAAGAGUCAUUCACGCAAAUGCAAAACACCAUCAUGGUAACCCACAACACUUACAUAAUGCAAUAAACACUCAUUAAACAACAGAAGAUGUAACAUAAAACCCUAAUGUACAUAACUGAUAACAAAAACUAUUAAGAAACAUGAUUUUUUAAACAAAAUACUUUCAAAUAUGGAGUGUCACACAGGGAAUUGUGGGAAUAUCAGUUUACAGUUUUUGACUGUAAAUUAUACAUUGAUUUUACUUCUAAAAAUUGUAAAAAUUUACAGCAUUUUACUGUGAAAAUUACAUAAAAUGUCUGGUAAGAGCUUUUACAGUUUUUCCCUGUAUAUAGUACUGGAACUUACUGUUAACCCAUUUACAUUUUUUUUCCGUAGCGUUUUUACAAUAUUUCACUGUUAAAAUCACAUUCAUUUUUUACAGUGUAUAUUUUUCGUUUAAUGAUGCACCAAAUGUUUUCUAUAGGUGAAAGAUCUGGACUGCAGGCUGGCCAAUUCAUCACCUGGACUCUUCUACAACGAAGUCAUGCUGUUGUAAUAGCUGCAGUAUGUGGUUUUGCAUUGUCCUGCUGAAAUACACAAGGCCUUCCCUGAAACAGACGUCACCUGGAGGGGAGCAUACGUUGCUCUAAAACCUUUAUAUACCUUUCAGCAGUCAUAGUGCCUUCCAAAACAUGCAAGCUACCCAUACUAUAUGCACUUAUGCACCCCCAUACCAUCAGAGAUGCUGGCUUAUGAACUGAACGCUGAUAACACGCUGGAAGGUCUCCCUCCUCUUUAGCCCGGAGGACACAGCGUCCGUGAUUUCCAACAAGAAUGUCAAAUUUGGACUCGCCUGACCAAAGAACACUUUUACACUUUGAAACAGUCCAUUUUAAAUGUGCCUUGGCCCACAGGACACGACGGCGCUUCUGGCCCAUGUUCACAUAUGGCUUCCUUUUUGCAUGAUAGAGCUUUAGUUGGCAUCUGCAGAUGGCACGGCGGAUUGUGUUUACCAACAGUGGUUUCUGGAAGUAUUCCUGGACCCAUUUAGUAAUGUCAUUGACACAAUCAUGCCGACGAGUGAUGCAGUGUCAUCUGAGGGCCCGAAGACCACGAGCAUCCAACAAAGGACAGCAAUCAAACUUCUAACAGCAGGUGCAGUGACGCAAUGACUUUCCCAAUUGGCGAUUGGCUCUUUUAUUUAGAAGGUGGGACAUAUUCAGCCAUAUUGCACUUUCUACCAUUCAUAGUAAUAGGAGUGAACCGUCUUUGUAUAUCUAAAGUCUUUGGUACAACACAGUCACAGGGAUUUGUAUCAUUUCAAAGCCUAACUUUUAUUGUUAAUUCCAAACCUGAAGCGAACCUGAAGUGCAGUUUGUUCACAAGCCUGAAGCAACUGUACAGUUAUGUGUGAUUCUGAACCAAUAAGAUUUCGUUGUGGGCAGGGCUAUCAGAAAGUUGCAGGCACUAUUUGAAGAAAACUUUUAUGGCACACAAGUAUGAGUGUAUGUAUCAAACAAAAGCAAGCCAGAGUCAACAUUAUAACCUUCUGUAUAUCACUAUUGCCAAUACAUGAACAGUUAAGUUUUUUGUUGACUUUCUUGUGAAACUGUAAGACUGAUAAUAUCUAUUGUUCUAUCUCUCUUUUUCUUCUUCUUCUUCUUCUUCUUCUUUUUUUUUUUUUUUUUUUUGAGUACUCAUGCAGGAAGGAAAGGGACGUGGUAGUAAUAAUCAGUUGUUAUCUAACCAGUCAUUCUCACAAAGCUGUCAGAAAUCAGCCAGCAAGUAUCGGAUAAUUUCCACUGAAUGAUUCCUAAACCCCAGACAAGCAGGCCUGAUAAAUCUCAGUAAAAUCACAAAAGAUAAAACGUUGGCAGCCAAACUUCUUAAACAUGGAAGUUACUACAGAUUACAUGUACCCUGAAUUAAUAACUCCCUGCCCGAACACUACGCAGCAUCUGAACGGCACGGUUUUGGUCCUAGUCUACAUCAUAGUCUUCUGUCUGAGCUUGCUGGGUAACACUGUGGUGAUAUUCGUGGUGUAUUUCAUGGAGAACCGCAGGACGUCUACUGACGUUUACCUCAUGCACCUGGCCAUAGCCGACCUGCUCUUUUCUUUGACCCUUCCGUUCUGGGCCAGCUACAUUCACGCCGGCCGCUGGAUAUUUGGCACCGUUAUGUGCAAGCUGCUAUCAGGCAUGCAGGAAGCCACAUUUUACUGCUGUGUCUUCCUGCUGGCAUGCAUUAGCGUUGAUCGCUACAUGGCCAUCGUGAAAGCAACCCAAUUCCUCAACCAGAAACGCCAUCUGGUUGGCAUAGUGUGUGCGUUGGUGUGGCUGUGCGCCUUUCUUUUGUCCAUUCCCGUUAUUGUGAAUCGCGAUGCCUUCACACCCGAAGGCAUGGAGUAUGCCAUGACAUGUCAUGACAAUGUAACAGCGGAAAACAUGGACAACUGGAGGGUGAGCCUACGGAUUCUCCGCCACACUUUGGGAUUCUUCAUACCGCUCGCCGUGAUGUUGUUCUGCUAUGGUUUCACCGUGUGUAAGCUCUGCCACUCGCGCAACAGCCAAAAGCAGAAGGCCAUGCGGGUCAUCUUGUGCGUCGUUCUGGCUUUUGUCAUCUGCUGGUUGCCCAAUAACAUCACAGAGUUCAUAGACAACCUGAUGCGAGCCGGUGGAGUGAUGGAAACGUGCCAGAUGAGGGACAGGAUAGAUGUGGCCUUGUAUGUCACGCAGGCGAUGGCUUUCACCCACUGUGCGAUAAACCCCAUCUUGUAUGCCUUUAUUGGGAAGAAAUUCCGCAACCAGCUCCUGACUUCCCUCUUUAAGAAAGGCCUGUUAGGGAGAGAUGUGAUGUCAAGAUAUCGAGUGGGAUCUGUUUAUAGCUCUGUUAGCUCUAGGCACACGUCAGUGACGCUGUAGUCAACUGUAGUUCUCUUAUGAGGAUACAAAAGCCUUUUGCUUCUGUUAAAGAAAUAGUUUAGACACAAAUGCAAAUUUGGUCAUUAUUUUCUUAUCCUUCAUGAACCUGCUGUACUGUUUUAAAAAGCAGAAUUUAGUUUAUAUAGAAGUAAUUUUCUUAAAGAAACAGUGCACUCAAAAAUGGGCCUGUUAGGGAGAGACGUGAUGUCGAAAUAUCUAGUGGGAUCUGUUUAUAGCUCCGGGAGCACUAGGCACACGUCAGUGACGCUGUAGUCAACUGUAGUUCUCUUAUGAGGGUACAAAAGCCUUUUGCUUCUGUUAAAGAAAUAGUUUAGACACAAAUGCAAAUUUAGUCAUUAUUUACUUAUCCUUGUUAUAAAACUACAGAGUUUGUAACAUAAUAGGGGUGAGUAAAAAAUGACAAUUACCAUUUUUGAGUGCACUGUUCCUUUAAGAAAAUUACUUCUAUAUAAACUAAAUUCUGUUUUUUAAAACAGUACAGCAGGUUCAUGAAACAAGAAAUAAGAAAGAGUGCGUUUGUGUAUCUUUUCCUGAUGAUAAUGAUCUUUAAUUUUUUUUUUUUUUUUUGGCUUGAGGUGACAUGCCACGCUCCUGCUUUGAUCGCUGUGGAUCCAUAUCUAAUAGAUCUAUGAAAAACACUCUGCAGAGGUUUCAGAUUCUGUCAGAACAGAAUAACAGAUGAAAGCAGAGAUUGUCUUUUUUUUAAUAUAUAUAUAUAUAUUAUCUGUAUUUUUAACUGUGUUGUAUACAAUACCACGGGUCAGUAAGAUUUUUAAAUGUUUUUUACAGAAAUCUCUUAUAUGCUCAUCAAGGCUGCAUUUAUUUGAUCAAAAAUACAGUCAAAACUGAGCACUGUAAAUAUUUGAAGGUCAAAAGAAUAGCAUUUAUUUGAAAUAACAUUAUAAAUGUCUUAACUGUCACUUUUGAUCAAUUUAAUAUGUCCAUGCUGAAUAAAAGUAAUGAUUUCUUUCAAAAAAAAAAAAAAAAAAUCUUAUUGACCCCAAACAUUUGAAUGUAUUUUAAACAGAUUUUUUUAGUUGCUUGUUUCAGGGCAUGUUAUUUUUCUUCAUAUACUUUAAAAUAAUGUAAAAAAGCAAAUUGCUAUGUGUUGACUGCUUUACAGGUGUAAAUAAAGUUGUUAAAGAAAAAAUAGAGUUUUCUCACACAUUAAACUGUUAAGAAAUCAGUCUGCUCCUGGUCAUGCAAUAACAUGACUUCAAUAAUGUCUCCACUUCCCUUCGACAACAAAACAGAGAGAAGUGAAGCAAUCUGUUUUCCUCCUUAACAGGUCACAACCAUAAAAAUAUUACAACAUCAUGCACACACAAACAGAGAUACAAAGAAAGUUACAUUACUUAACGUAUGUGCCACUAAAAUACAGAAAGUGUAUAAAAGUGCUAUUAGAUUUUAUUCUUUAAAUCAUAUUUAAAAAUGUUAAAUCUCUAAAUGUAUGGCAUAUGUCAACUAGGUGUUAACUAAGAUGAAAUGACACCUGUUCAUGUGACAUGUCAUCCUUAGAUGUGGUUUGCAUAAGUCUUGAGAAAUGGAAACAGGAAAAGACACUUUUGAAAUGCAGUCCAAUUCAAUUUACUUCUGUCUUUUAGCAUGAACAAACUCUUCUCUAAUUCCUAAUGCCGUAUCACAUAUGAUCUUUAUCAUUAUAUCUGUUAGCAGUUCGCCAACUUCUGAAUUGAGACAAUAAAGAUCAUUUGUUGAGAA